GGAGGCACCCCAAAGCCGCCUCGCCUUUCCUGUGCCAGAGAGAAAACCACCCAGCCCAGGGCCCAGGGAGGGGCCGCCAGGAGGCGGAGAGGCACGGCCCCCCACCCGGCACGGGCGCCCCUCGAGGCCGGUGCCGGAGGCAUCCUUUACGGGAAGCCGGGGUCCUGGGGGAAGCCGGACAGCUAUAGGAAAAGAAGGUGCUUGCCUGCCGGAUGAGGAGGAGGGCUGGUGGCGGCUGUGAUCGACCGCAGCGCUCCCCACCCGGGAGUGGGGCCCCUGCGUGGCAAGAGGUUCGGCCGCAGAUCCGUGCACCCGAUCCUGACCGGGGAUAAAGAACAACAUGCAAGUCAAGGCAGCCCAGGCCUUUCCAUGGGUGGCUUCGGCAGCACCUGAUGGCCUCUGUCCUGCAACUGGGAAGCCCAAGUGACAGGAGCAGCCAGCAGGAGCGAGGGAGAAGAUUGGGCUGGGCAGCCCAGAGAGGCAUCUCACGGAUCCAGCCCCUGGAGUUGGCCUUCCUCAGCCGGCCUGGGCAUCUGCCCACUCUCAAGAGCAUGGAGGUGCCGCAGCCGAGGAGGAGAUGAUUGCCCGUUGGGAGGCUUAGCAACCCUGCCGGGACCCGACAAGGUGGUGCAGGCCCACCGGAAGACAUCCUGUGCUGCCUGUGUCUUCCUGCCCAGCCCUGCCGCAAGCCACACAACAGGACCGGGGGGGGGCAUGACCGUUCCGGCCGCCCUUUCUUAGAGACUCCCCCCAGCUCCCCUCUGGCCAGCCUCUGCUGUACCAUGGGAUGCAGGCAAAGCUCGGAGGAGAAAGAGGCAGCGCGGCGGUCCCGGAGAAUCGACCGCCACCUGCGCUCGGAGAGCCAGCGCCAGCGGCGCGAGAUCAAGCUGCUCCUCCUCGGCACCAGCAACUCCGGCAAGAGCACCAUCGUCAAGCAGAUGAAGAUCAUCCACAGCGGUGGCUUUAACCUGGAAGCCUGCAAAGAGUACAAGCCCCUGAUCAUCUACAAUGCCAUCGACUCCCUCACGCGCAUCAUCCGGGCUCUAGCCACCCUCAAGAUCGAGUUCCACAACCCGGACCGAGCCUACGAUGCUGUCCAGCUCUUUGCCCUGACGGGGCCGGCCGAGAGCAAAGGGGAGAUCACGCCGGAGCUGCUGGGGGUCAUGAAACGGCUGUGGGGGGACCCGGGGGUGCAGGAGUGCUUCUGUCGCUCCAACGAGUACCACCUGGAGGACAACGCCGCCUACUACCUGAACGACCUGGAGCGGAUCGCCGCGCUGGACUACAUCCCGACCGUGGAAGACAUCUUGCGCUCCCGGGACAUGACCACGGGGAUCGUGGAAAACAAGUUUACGUUCAAAGAGCUGACUUUCAAAAUGGUGGACGUAGGGGGCCAGAGGUCGGAGCGCAAAAAGUGGAUCCAUUGCUUUGAGGGGGUCACAGCAAUAAUUUUCUGCGUGGAGCUGAGUGGCUACGACUUGAAGCUGUACGAAGAUAACCAAACAAGCCGCAUGGCCGAGAGCCUCCGUCUGUUCGACUCCAUCUGCAACAACAACUGGUUUAUAAACACCUCCCUGAUCCUCUUCCUGAACAAGAAGGAUCUCCUGGCAGAAAAAAUUCGCCGCAUCCCGUUGACCGUCUGCUUCCCCGAGUACAAAGGCCAAAACACGUACGAGGAAGCGGCAGUCUACAUUCAGCGCCAGUUUGAGGACCUGAAUCGCAACAAGGAGACCAAGGAGAUCUAUUCCCAUUUCACUUGUGCCACUGACACCAGUAACAUCCAGUUUGUGUUUGACGCAGUGACAGACGUCAUCAUUCAGAACAAUCUCAAGUACAUCGGCCUUUGCUGAGGAUCUGAGCGGAUGCGUCUGGUUUCUUAAGGCAGUGCCAACGAGGCAGGGCGCCAGCACGCCGGGUGAACAACAGGGCAGAACUGGGAAGAUCUCGCCAUGGCAGGGAGCGAUCUGGAGGAGUAUAUGCGCACUGAUUCCUUGGGCUGAUUCCUGCACAAGGUUUGGGGCAGGGGGGAGAAAGGCCCUGGGACAAGCCAGCCUCCUGAUUUCUGAACAGGGAGGCGCUGAACUGCCAGGGAGUGCAACUGACGACCGUCCCGUCCUCGCUUGCUCAUUCGGUCUGUUUCGUCCUUUUUUUCUUCUGAGCUGGUGGAGCAGCCGGGCUUUGGGUAGAAAUGAGACAGAUGGCCGCCUUGACUGUCCUGGAAACCAGAUCCCUUUGGGGAAGAGACAGAGCCGGUGAGUAGGAGAGGGGCUGCCUUGUGACAUCCCCCUCCCCACUGCCCCUCCCCCCGGAAAAGCAAAGGUAUUUUUCCUGACCGGAGGCUCUAGAGAGAGAGAGAGAGCAGGCUGAGCCGAGCACAGGGUUUGUUCCUCACGCACACAUCCUGGCACACCAGCUGGUAGGUGGCGUACCAGUCGGUCCUGCUGCCACGGGCACGUAACUUGCAGUAAAUACUGGCCUGCACCCACUAGGCACACACGUCCGCUUUGCCUCCUGGUUGAUCACCGACAUUCCACCUGUGGAAGGAAUGGGUUGUGCCAACGGGUGCUGGGAGUGGCCACCCUGACCUCGUGAGGCCUUUCUGCCGUUCAGAUCUUCAAAGCGGGCAGUAAAAAUUAAGAAACAAAAGACUGGAGUCCCACUUGUGGCCAGUGUUUGUUCUACCGAUGAGGCAUUUUAUACAUUAAAAUAUUUUCUUUUUCUUUCUGUUGUUGUUGUUGCCAAAAACAAUGUGCUCUUUCACAGAAACUUUAAAAGUUUAAUAAGUGGUUGGUUGGUUUAUUAUUAUUUUUUAAACACACGGUUAUAAAAAGUGUUUGUUGUUGUUUUUUUUAAUUAUUGUUUCAUUGUCUGGAUUUUAUGAGUGUGCCAAUGGAUAAUUCUGUUCCUUCACAGAAAUGCCGAGAAGUGGGUCAAAGAGCCUUUUCUUAAACACAGGAGCCAACAAAACUAUACGAUAGAGCCUUCUGUCCUUCACUCUCUUUUUUGGUGUUUAUUUUUUAAAAUGUGCUGUAAUUAUUAGGUGAACUGAUGAGUGGUAUGAACAAUAUUUAAAUGUCUAGAUAUUUAAUUUUUUUAAAAAAGUUAGUGGAAUUAAGGAAAUGGAAGUGAUGCAUCUCUCUACUCCUUUUCAUCCGGUGUGCUAAAAAAAUUAAUAAUACUGGGUGACCUUAUUACUGUAGUACAUUUACAGUUGAGUUUGAAUGCUUAAAAAGCUCUGUGUGUGACCGUAUUGGGAAAAAAAAACCUCACAUAGAUCAUAUGGCCAGUGGUCAUGUGACUCCUUCAGUCCCUGGACCCCAAAACAGACUUCUAACAGACCAUUGUAAAUUAAAUGUGUAAAUAUAUGUUCAAGCGCCGUAAAGCACAUAAACAUGUAUUAUUUCUCUCUCUCUCUCACACACACAAUGUUCUCCCUCCCUCUGUCUCCCAUUUAUAUGAAGAAGGGUGGGCGUUCUCAGCCAAGGGCUUUACGAAAAACAUAACAGGAAACAGUGAACGAUGACAAAUGUUGCCCGCUGUCCACUUUACAAAAAUAAAUAACCUGAAUGAUCCUGACUAGUCCAUGGUG